CCCCGUUUCAGAUCGCAUGCAGCAUACCAUUUUCUUUUAGCCAAAGUAUAAUCAGCAGGUAACGACUUGACCACAACCAGCUGAAGACAGUGGCAGUCAGCGGCUAGAGCUGAAAUGAAAAUUCAGUUUAUUUCCAGUCGUCGUCUCGUCAAUAUUAAGCUAGAAACUUUUAAUUUCUAAAUACACGUGUGGUCAGACGCAAGUUAGAAGUGAAUAUGAAAAACUUGAUAAGUCAACAAAGCGUUACUUGCGAACAAACUUAAUGCCAAUUUGACAAUUAAUGUGUGACGAGUAAUGAUAUUUCUUGACUAAUGUGUAUGUGCGCUUAAAAUAAUUUUACAGUGCAAACAAGUGAGGAAAAAACCAAAUUAAAAUGAAUAAUUAGUGCAAUUGUGUAUGAAUUGAUUUCGAGUGCCGUGUAUGCUUACAAUUACAUUUGGGUGAAAAUUUUCUUUUUUAUUACAUUGUAGUGAGCGAGAGAAAUACUGUAGUGGCAGAUUUUUCGCGGUAGACUUUGGAUAUCGUUACAUUUCGUUUGCACAGAAGUUAGUGGCGCGAUAAAACGUUUGUAAUCGUGCUUCUAUUAUGUUGUGCUAGAAAGAGACAAAUAAUCGCAUAGUAAAGAGCACUCUUCUGCAAUGUGAUACUUUUCAUGGUUUCGGUACCAAAAGUUUUUUAUAUGAGUUUAAUAUAUGCAAAUUGUUCGAGCAUUUCGCCCAAAGUGAUAUUUUAUGGCGUAGAACACGUAAUUGAGUAGCGGACUAAAGGUUUUUCUGAAAUAUUUAAGGCGCCACAAAUGAUUGCACGCCAACAACAACAGCAAGCCAGCAAAGCAGCCAGGCGACGGCAGUGACAAGAGACAGCCUGAGUAAAGCGAUCCGAGCGCACCAGGCGCUGUGGCAACAACAACAUUGACAUGAGUUGCAAGUGCUUUAAAGAUUUCAUACAACAACUGAUGGCAGACUGCCCGUACGCCCACAUAGUACAUACAAAAUAGAGGGCGGAGUAGAAGCAGCACACGUACUCAGACAGCUCCGCAGCUCCCUUAAAGCUGAGCCGAGGUGCAGUAAACACAAAAGCAUUGCGGGUGGCUGUUGACGGCGGCCGGGUCGGAGUUGCGCAGACGGCAUUCAACGCAGUCACAAUUAUACGCGCACAGUGGACGACGGAAGCGGAAGCUGAUUUCGAGCGGAAGAAACGAAGUCAACUAACGGAAGUGAACACAAAGAAACAGAACAAAUAAACAGUAAAUGAUAAAAAGUAAAAAAGACAAAGAGAAAAAAAAACGAAAUUUUAAGCUGAUUUCGGCAUUAAAGCGCGUAUAAGUCGGCGCGCCCAAAAGUAGGCAACAGACGCGCAAAUACACGCCGUGCAGAGCGUAAGCGUGUUAAAAAGUGAAUGCCAUUGUCGCGGAAAAUUUAAUUAAAGCGCGAAUAAAACAAAAGUGCAGUGAAAGAAGUGGCAAAGCCAGAGCUAGAAAGCAGAGCUGAGUCAGAAGAAUCGCAACGAGCGCGAGAGUGACUUUAAAGUGUGUUAAGUAGCCUGGCCGGCAUCGAGUCGAGUCUACGAAGUGCAUUGAAGCGUAGUGAAUGCGCCGCGUUUUAUUACUUAAGCGCGCGCUAAGCAAACGUUAAUAAAAAACCGUUAUACGAGUGCGUCUAGAAACAGGCAAAGUUCAAAACAAAAAAAAAAAAAAAACAACAAAAACGCAAAAAACUUCAGUCGUUGAAGUCAUUGCAGGCGAGUAGUACAACAACAACCGCCGCGUAAACGACAUUCCAUCGGUCAAUGUAAUUGAAUUAAAACGUCAAUGACAAGUGCCAAGCUCCGCUACAAGAAAGUGAAGAAGAAAAAGUGAAACAAAGCAAGCAAAACCAAAAAAUAAAAAAACGCGCCACAUUUACAGUUGAGCGCCGGACAGAGUGUGUUGAAUAAUCGCUUCAAACUUGAUACGUCAACAAUGUGACUUUUACAAGAGUCUCGUCCAAUAAACUUUAAAGCUUAAGCAAACAAUAAAGCUUGCAAAGUUGUUUGUUGAAAAUUUGUUAUAUAAUUUAGCACAGAGAACUUCGGCAAUUUACCCACACUACAACAACAGCAAUAACAACAAGGCAAGGCAAAGUGAAUUUGCGAAUCAAAUCUACGAACAUAAGUAUGCAGUGAAAAGCAAGCGCAGGCGAAGUAGAAAAGCGAUUAAAAACAGUCUUUGAAAGUCAAUUGUAUCGGAAGUGGAACUAUGGAAACGCGCAGCAAGGACGCUUGUCAAACGGCAGCUGCCGAUUCCACAACAGCAAUUAGUGUGAACAGUGAGAAUUGUGUGGAUUCGACCACAUCACAGCGGCAACAGCCAAGCGGCGCCAACAGUGCGCCACAACAACAACAGCAGGUGAGCAGCAGCACCAGCAACGCGCCGAAGACGCGCUCACCAACACCGCCAAGCGCUGGCAACAACAAUAAUGCCGCAAAUAAUAAGGCAAAACCAGCACAGCAACAGCAGCAAUAUCAUCAAUUUCGCGCGCCACAACAGUUUGUGCGCCAUCGACGCGCCACCGCGCCGGCCACGCUGCUCAACAAGAAGGGCAAAACAUGGAACAAGCGGCAACAGCGUGGUGCCAAACUACAGCAACAACAACUGCAACAGCAUAUGCUGCAAGGUGGUAAUGUCGUCGGUGUUGUUGGUGGUGCUGGCGCUGGCGUUGAUGCCGUUGUAACGGCCGCAUCUGCGGCGGCAAGCGCGCAAAGUAAGGCCGACCUCGAGAAUAUACAGAAUUUUAAGAAUCAGCUUGGCGGUCAUCACUACUAUCCGCAUGCUGGCGGCGCUGUCGGCGGCGGCGGUGGUGGGGGACAUCGUGGCGUGGGUGGCGCGAAUGCGGCAGGUGGCGGUGGCAGUGUUGGCGCCGCAACUGGUGGGCCUGGUGUAUCGGGCAAUGGCUUGCCACCGUCCGCCAUCGCUAACCUAGAAAAACUGGGUUACGGCCAUGGUCACAUGAAAAUGUACAAAAAGCUGCUGGCACACAGGGGCACCGGCAGCCAUCAUCAUCACGUGCUUUGCGCUGGCGCGGCACACAACACCAUCGGCGGCAAUGCGAACACGAAUUGUUGCCUCGUCAACGGCUGCAAUGGCGGCCACCCAAACGGCAAGGACACUGCCAAUGGCAGCACAAAUAGCUCACAAUCCGGCAGUGCUGCCAGCUCACUGCACUUCUGUUGCACACGAUCGAAAUUCUUCUUGCCGGACAAGCGUGUACGCAAAGAGACCAUCAUACCGCCUACCAAAUUCUUACUCGGCGGCAAUAUUUCCGAUCCGCUCAACUUGAAUUCGCUGCAAAAUGAAAAUUCGAAUGCUUCGUCGAACAAUAAUACGCCGGCGACCACGCCACGUCAGUCACCCAUCACCACACCACCCAAAGUGGAGGUCAUCAUACCGCCGAAUAUACGUGAUCCAUUGCAUUUGCUCGAUCCCGUCGAUUCCAUGGAGUACGAGAAGCAACUAACAUCACCGAUGAAGCGCGGCGGCACACGUGGCGGACACGCACACCACCACAGCGCCAAGCAUCGUCAUCGCAAGAAUCGUAAGAGCAAGCGCCGUCGUCACGACUCGUACCAAUCGUCCGUGGGCAGCGCCUCGCUUGGCGACAGCGACACAACCGCGCUGACCAACAGCACAAUGCCCACUGAAGCGGCCAGCGCCAGCUUAACUUCGCUUUCAUUAUCCACAACGCUUUCGGUCGCUUCGCUGUUAGAGAGCAGCAGCGCCAACAUGAGCGUGCCAUUGGGCGAGAGCGUCAACAAUAAUGUGAGCAAAGCGGCCAAAAGCGCGCCAAUGGUGGUGAGCACAUGCGAGAAUGCGCCAGCUGGCUAUCAACAGCAACUGCUGGAAGAGCGCGUUGAGUGCGAAAUUUUGGAGACCGCCGUUGAGGGCAAAUCAUGCGUCAUUGCUGAGGCACGUUUUGAGCGGCGCAAGAGCAAAAGCACAUCGCCAGUGAAACAACAGUAUGCCAACAUCGUGAACUCAACAUUCUCUGGAACACCAAACGUUGCCGGCGAGACAUUGCAAAGCGCUGGCGGAGAGCCGCAAGCAGCAAGUGGCACACUUGCUACAGCAACAAAGGCGGUUGGUGGUGUGGAGGCAGUGUCAGGCGCUGCUGGCGUUGGUGUUGGCGGCGAUAUUGUUAUCGGCGGCGCUGGUGUGGGCGCUUUGUUGUUGCCGCGUGAGCGCGCCAAUCGAGAUUUGCGCUUGGAAUUGAAUUCAACAACAUUGUCGACGGCGAGCGGCAGCACGUGCGGCAACGCUAUGGCCGGGCACGGUGCGCUCGCUGGCAUGGUGGGCAUCGGUGGCGGAAGGAAGCGCAAGAUAAGCGAGAGCAAUAAUUCGCAGAAGAACAAGAAAUUCCACCGCGACGUCAUGGACAAGAUCGUCAGUCCCGUGGUGCCGCAACCUGGCGCUUGGAAGCGUCCGCCGCGUCUUGCAGCCACCGGUGCGCGCAAGCCCACGCGUCGCUCGACAUCCAUCAGCGAAACCGAUGUGCUGAGUCCAGCGGAUGAAGCCAAAUCGUUACUUAGCGAAGCCGACAUGUUGCGCGUUGAGACGCCCGACUUUAGCAAGCUCGAGACAAUUUCCGAAGUGGGACUCGCCAGUCCGUUAAGUACCACCUCCGGCGCAACUUCGGUCGCCGCUGGCGAGCAAGAAUCGUUGAUGGACACAAGCGCUGGCGAGAAUUCCACCACAAUGCCGAGCGAGGAUGGUUUAGCAGCUGUCACUGCUGCAGCAAAGAGCAGCGCUAAUGUCUCAACCAGUUCGACUGCCAUUAUGCCGCUAACAAAAAUGCCGAAUUUCCGUGCCGACGGCGUUAAGUACCAGUAUGGCAAUUACGAUCGCUACGUGGGACUGCGCCACCUCAACGAGCUGGUGGAUGUGCGUCUGCAGGUGUUUCAGCGCCAUUUGGAGCUCUUCCAAAAUAAAGACAUACUGGAUAUCGGUUGCAAUGUGGGCCAUAUGACCAUCACAGUGGCGCGCAACUUUGCGCCCAAAUCCAUAUUGGGCAUCGAUAUCGAUAGAAAGUUGGUGGCACGUGCGCGACACAAUCUCGGCUUAUACGUGCUCAUACCGCCAGAGUCUGCGGUCAAACCGUCGACCAGCACGCCAUUAAAUAAAGCGUCGGAUGCGGUCGCCACCGGUUGUGUGAAAAAGGAGGAACUGAAAACUGCGUUGAAAGAAGAGAAGUCGACUACCGGUAGCGCUGUGGGCAAAAUAAAGACAGAAACUGCCAGCACAAAAGACACUGCCAACGUCGGGGGUGACAAAGCAGCAGCCUCCACAGCUGACGCUAGCACAAAAAAGCCGAAAAAGACGCGUCGCCGCAAAAAGCGCGCGUCGUCACAACAGCAGGCACAACAACAACAGCAGCAGCAGCAGCACCCACAAUUCCAUCACCACCAUCAUCAUCAUCACCAUCACAUGCAUCACAUGCACCAUCAUCAUCACAAUCAUUACCAACAACAACAACUGCAAGCAUUGCAUGUACCUGCCACAGAUUUAUUUCCCGUGUCAUUUCCACUGACAUAUGGUGGCAUACCAACAGGCGCAGCUGGCGCCGCCGCUAACGUGCAUGACACCCAUUCGCCCAGCGCGUCCACGAACACGCCUGGUCAUGGCAGCAAUGCCACACCGGCCAGCAGCGGCGGCGCCGCAAAUCGUAAGCGCAAAAAUGACUUUCCACGCAACGUGUUCUUUCGUCAUCAGAAUUAUGUGCUGGAAGACGAGGCGCAGCUGGCCAAUGACACACAGCAAUAUGAUCUCAUACUGUGCUUAUCGGUGACCAAGUGGAUACACUUGAAUUUCGGCGAUGCCGGCCUGAAGAUGGCCUUCAAGCGUAUGUUCAACCAGCUGCGACCCGGUGGCAAGCUGAUACUGGAGGCGCAGAAUUGGGCCAGCUACAAGAAAAAGAAGAAUUUGACGCCUGAAAUCUACAACAACUACCGCAACAUUGAGUUCUUUCCCAACAAGUUUCACGAGUAUUUACUCAGCUCUGAGGUCGGCUUCAGUCACAGCUACACGCUGGGUGUGCCGCGGCACUUAAGCAAAGGCUUCUGUCGUCCAAUACAGUUGUAUGCUAAAGGCGACUACACACCGAACCAUGUACGCUGGAGUGAUGCCUACUACCCACAGACACCGUUCGAAGCUUAUCGUGGCAUUUACGCCACAAUGCCACCACGUCCUGCGGGUCUAGCCACGUAUGCCAUGUCAUCGACACGCAGCCAGGCAUACGAUACGCCGCACUACACGGGCGGCACCUCCGGCCCCUAUAGUUGCCGUCAAACACCCAUGUACCAGCCCAUCUACAAUCCACUGGAGACCGAUUCCUACUUACCCUCCUACGAUAUGGAAUACCUAAAUCACAUGUAUGUGUUUGCCUCACCGCUCUAUCAGACCGUCUGGUCGCCACCCGCCAGCUUGCGCAACAGCUCCUCACACACACCCGUCUUCGGUAGCGUACGCGAGGCCGAAUUGGAUGGUGAUGGGGGCGGCAGCGGUGGCGGCGGCAGUUAUCAUCGCCACGUCUAUCCACCGAAUGAAGAUACAUCAUCGCCAAAUGCGAAUACCGGCGGCGCUUUCAGUUCGAUACGCGAUGCGGAUACGGAUGAUUCGAAUCAAUUGCCGGCUGGUCGCAUGCAACAUGUGUAUGCGACGAAUUGUGGUGAGAGUUCGUCGUCGCCGCAGGUGCAGCACAACAAUGAUUCGGAUGCGUUGGUGGAGGAGGGUCUGUCGUUGGACGAUGAACAACAGCAUUUGACGCAGCCGGUAGCGACUGCGGCUAGCGGCGGUAGUGCGUAUGUCGUGAGCGCUAACAAUGGUGGCGAGUUGCCAGGCGCGGGUGGUGGUGCUGCUCAUGGACCGGAAGGCAGUCAGCAUUACUGUGAUUUAAAUGAUGCUUAAGAUUAUACUUUGUUUUUUGUUUUGGUCUGAAUUCCGACGUAUUAGCGCGGAAUGUGUGCAGCAAGUGAGAAUUGUAUAAUAGUUUUGAAUUGUAUGCGGCGGUUUUGCCCGAGAAAUAUGCGGUGCGGUAGACAUUAGUUGGCAGCAUGAGUAAGCCUAAGGCAAACGCCGCUUUAAAGACGCUUAUGAGAAAUAUAAAAUUAUAGGAAUAUACAAGUACAUAAUAUUGGCAGACGAAGAAACAUAUAAGGUAAAUAAUCAAAAAAGUUGUUGCUAUUUCCGACUUGUUUUAUUUGUUGCACGCUUGACACACUCGUGAAACAUUUAGCGAGUGUAAAAAUACAAUUUUGUGCGAUUUGUCGCAUUUUCGAAAAAGUGCUCGUUUAUUCCAAAAAAUAUUCGUAUAUUAGAAAAAAUAUUCGAUAUUCGAAAAAUAUUUUGUUUAUUUGAAAAUAUAUAUGAGAAAAUACAUUAAACACAGUAUCGACACAAUUUUGCGCGAUUUGUCGCAUUUUCGAAAAAGUGCUCGUUUAUUCCAAAAAAUAUUCGAUAUUCGAAAGUAUAUAUUAACGAGAGUAUCGACACAAUUUUGUCGCAUAUUCGAAAGUGUCCGUGUAAUCGAAAAAAAAUUCGUAUAUUCGGAAAUAUUUUGUAUGUUCGAAAAUAUAUUCCUAUACUCCAAAAAAUGUUCGUUUUUUCGAAAAAAUUUCAUGUUUUCGAAAAAAUAUUCAUACAUUUGAAACAUUUACGUAUGUUUCAAAAAAAAUGUUGUAUAUUCGAAAGUUGUAUUUUUAGAUAUUCGAAAAACAGUUUGUAUAUUUCAAAUUUUUUCAUAUAUUCGUAGAAAUGUUAGUAUAUUCGAAACUAUUUUUAUAUAGUCGAAAGUAUUCAUAUAUUCGAAAGUAUUUUUGUGUAUUCGAAAAUAUAUUCGUACAUACUAAAAAUUUUUAUAUUUUCGAAAAACAUAUGUAUGUAACAUAUGUAUAUAUUUGAAAAAUGUGCAUAUGUUGCAAAAAAGUUUUUGGAAUAUUCGAAAAACAUUUUGUACAUUCGAAAAUUUUUUCAUAUAUUCUUAGAAAUGUUUGUUUAUUCGAAAGUAUUUUCGUAUAUUCGAAAGUAUUCGUAUAUUCGAAAAACAUUUUGUAUAUUCGAAAACUUUUUCCUAUAUUCGAAAUUUUUUUCUUAUAAUCUUAGUUGGUCUAUUCAAAAGUUUUUUUGCAUAUUCGAAACUGUUUAUGUAUAUUCGAAAAUGUUUUUUCGACGUUUAAAAGUACUUGAAAAGACGGCAGGCAAGUUGGUGCGCAAGAAAACAGUAAAAAAAAUCGAAAAAGUUUAUAAAAUAUAAAAAUAUAGCGUUCUAAUUAGUUUUAGCCAAAACAGAAAGUCGUUAUUAGUGUUGAUUUAAAUUAGUAAUAAUAUAGAUUCUUAUAAACACAUACAUACAUAUACAUACAUAUAUAUUUGUUUGUACAGUCUUCUAUCAUGCAUAAGCCGUCUGGGCGCUACUUACUGGAAGUAUGCAAAACAACGUUUCGGUUUUUAGUAUAAAAUUUUAGCAAAAACAUUGUUUUCCAGUUAAAAAAAAAUAUUGAGUAAAAAUUGUUAAAAAAUAAAUAUAUGAAGAAAAUGUUUAAUACACAUACUACUAUACAAAUUUGUUGCAAAUUUUAUUACAGUUAUGUUUUUUAGUUAAUAUUCCAAGAAGUAGCGCCGCUGCACGCUUACUGCACAUGACUGUAUUCGUAUAAAAUUACACUAUUUAAGCAUUAUUUUUAGCAAAAAUAUAUUAGCCUAGUGUUAAACUUACUUACAACUUAUCGAUUAUAGUCAUAAUUAUUUAUAAACAACAAAAACAAAAUAUUUAUAUGUGACACAUAAAUAUUUGUAGGUUUUAUUUUUAGUGUAUAUUUUUCGCAUAUUUAUAUACUGCAAAAGCAAAGAGAAAAUUAAGCAUUAGCAACAAAAACAAAAACAAAGAAAAAACAACAACUUGCAUAUACGUAAAUAUAUUUAGCAGGUAUUUGUAGCAAUUAAUAAAAUUAAGGAAAAGCAAAAAUCGCAGGAAAAACAAUUUGCCAAUCACCAGCAAGCUGGCCAAACGCGCAGCAGCAUUGCAGCUAGGCCUUAACUGUAAAAAUGUGUGCACUUUUGGCUUCUCAAACAUUUCGAAGUUAGGUUUUCCUUUUACCCAAGCGACGAGCACAAGUUAAACUUGCAAACAAUUAAAAUUUGAAGCGUUUUGAAUUGUUUUCGUAAUGUCGCUGCGCGCUGCCGGCCGCUGCGCCACAAACUUAUGCGUAACGUAACAAAAACAAGGAAAUAUUAAGCUAAACACAAUUUAAAUGUCUAAUAGCAAGCUUUUAGAAGAAGAAGCAGAAAAAAGAAUACAAAAAAUACAUAUUUUUAACGCUUACAAAAUGCUGCUGCUAUCGUGUGUAGACUGGCGCGUAUGUGUAGUAGUGUAGUGUUUCUUUCCGAGGCCAACUUAUAAACCGUUAAUUUUGUUUUUAUUUUUAACCGUUAAUUUUAAUAUUUUAACUAAUGCGUCGCAUAAAUAUUUGAAAUAAAAAAAUGUUGUAAAUCAAAUGAAAUCAAACCAAGCAAAACAAACAAAAACAAAAG